CUAAACCUUAUUACUCAGCCCUAGAACUAAUUUUUCCCCAGCUGGCCAGCCCUCCCACCCGACCCGCACCACGGCUACAGUUGCCACCACCUCCCGCCGCUGCUCCUUGCCGAACCGUCGCGGCUGCCUCCCAUCGUGAAUCUUAUACAGUUGCCGCCGCCGGUCGUCCCAGCCUCCAGUCGCCACCACCGCCUCGGCCCUCCGGCCUCCUCCUCAGCCGCCGUCCGGCCCUUCUCUGACCCCGUUGCAGCCUUCCCCUUUAGGAGAAAGUUCUGCAAUUGCAAUGAAGGGAAAAGAAACGAAAAGUGGAUCCUCAUCCUCUAAUUUGGAUUCCUACGAACCCAGAAUGGACAUCAAGUCCAUCCUGAAAGAUAUUGAAUUUUUGGGAUCCUCACACAUGACAUGGAAACAGAAAAAGGACUUGGAGAAUAAGAAGGUAGUAUCACUCGGUGGAAAGCCUCCAAAGAAACAGAGGUUACCUCUUAGUGUUGCAAGAGUUGCAAUGAAGAAUCAAAAGGGAAGAGAAGAAAAAAUGCUUCAAGAGAGAGCUAUACUCGGAAGGUUUGGAGCCUACAGUAGCAGUAGUUCCAAGAAGGUGGCAGAGAGGCGGCCAGCAGAGGACAGAAUUUUGAAGUCGAUUCAAGGCAAUUUCAGAAAAGGGGUUCUCAACGUCGGACAUCUGUUGCAACCCUCGGCCCCUGAAGCCUCUAACGACAAGGGCAGACACCCUACUGGUAAAGGGAAGAAGAAGAAAGACAAGGGCAAAAAAGGUCAUGGCAAGAGAAAGGGUGGUGGUGGUAAGAAGCGUCACUAGGAAUAUCUCAAAUUUACUGUGUUCCCUUUUGAUUUGAAUCCUUCUUCGCCUCGCUGAAGUAAGCUUGUAGAACAUAUACAUUAAUGCCCUGUAGCUAUUGGCAUGCCAGAUUUGUUUUGCUGCUCAAUAUAAUGAAAUUUUGUGGCCAUUGCAA